UAGUCUUCUGUCUUCUCGCUUGAACUGAGCGUCCAACCACCACCAUGAAGCUCCUUACGACCUCUCUUCUGCUCCUAUUAAACGCGGGCGAAUCUCUCCAGUUUGAGAUCCCAGCCACGCUUGCUCUCGGCCGAACCCCAGCCCUUGUCGCCAAAUCAGUCGGGUACAAGCUUCUCUCUCGCCAGGAUAGCUGCGAUGGCCAAGUGUGCGCCGACGUUUGCAUUCCCUCCGACGCCAUGUGCUGCGAUGUUACCGUCGGAAUCUACUGCGAGGCCGGCACAACCUGCACAACAUCAGACACGUGCAUCGAUGAUAGCUCUAGCAGCGGUGGUGGUAGCUCUCUGCCCGAUUGCGGCAGCGGCGAGUCGAUUUGUGGAGGCGGCUGUAUCUCAAGCGACAACAAUUGUUGUUCCGACGUAACGGGCGAUUAUUGCGAGAACGGCAUGGUAUGCUUAUCGGCAAGCAGUUGCGACGAUACCACUGGUAACGGUUCUGGGGGUGACUCUUCAAGUGCCUCUGCAAGUGCCUCUUCAAGUGAUUCUUCGGACGAGAGUUCUUCGUCUGGUAGUUUCUCAUCGGCAACCAGCACUUCAAGUGACUCUAGCACGGCAACUGGCGAUAGCACCUCAAAUGACGAUAAAGCAGACGCUGCAUCUACUCUCAGCAUGAGUAUGGCCCUCGUCAUUCUCAGUGCGGUUCUCGCCCUUAUUUAGGGUCAUAAAGAGCUGUAGCCCUAGAGUUAAACAUCAAUCCAACCCUUAUGAUACCACUUCUUUAGUGCGAUUAAUUACU